UCGGAAUGGAACGCACGCCGGCCACGAAUUUCGCACGCAGUUUUCACACUUUUCACAAACUUUAAGAAGCUUGUGAUGUGGGUGGGAGGGGGUGGAGGUGAAGGUGAGCACGAGAUAUGCUGCACGAUAGUGAAUUUCACUAGAAGGUUGUGAACGGUUGGGGUGGUUGGACGUUACAGUACGAUUUAUGGUAAAGUUACUCCAUAGUUCAUAUAAAGUGAUUCAGUGGAGACGCACGGUAGUUUGAUUGAAAAUUGCUUCAAAUGUUUAGUAAAAGAAGUUUCACAGUAAAUUUUCGUGUUUAGUCAGUGUCAAACCAAUUAAACAGUCCAGGUAACCGUACCAAUUAAAUGGUAAUGACACAACUGGAUGCGCCACUUUCUGCCCAGCUGCAGUUUACAGCAAUUCAAUAAACAGUGGUUACAGUAGAAAAGCAAACACCAACGCCGUGGUGUAGAUCUCGGAAGUUAACAGCUGGGCGACGAGGAAACAACAUGACUCGAUGUUUAGAGUAGAUGAUGUAACACACCGAAGAUGAUCACAUCGUGCAACUGGUUCGUUGUGCUCACCACCAUCGCAGUUCUUCAUUGCUACCUCUUAACCGUGGUGAAUAGUUCACGGGGUUCCACACCUCACAGUGAUAACGAAAUUCUGAAGCUGACACAAUGUCCAGCAGGCUCCGAGGCUCGUCUGCGAUGUGGCAUUAAAGACUACCACACAGAUCACAUGAACGCCUCUGAUGUGCAGUGGUUCUUCAAGCCUUGUGGCGAAGGGAUCAACCGCACCUCGUGCCACAACCGUGACCAGCUGGAUCACAUCCCGUGGCAUCCGGUGGACUGCGAGGGCAAGCGGUGUCGCGUCACGCUUUCGAUCCGGAACGCCUCCGAAGCCGAUUCGGGGCUGUAUCGGUGCAGCAUUCACCCCUACCGGACGGACAACCAAACUCAGCUGGACAUUCAGUUGAUUCGGAUAUUCCAGCUGGAUGUGAUCAAAUCCAUCCUGGACGAAUCCGUUGCCGCCCCAGAGUUGCUGGACAAUCUGCCAGCUAACACGACCGCCCUGCUGGAAUCCCACGUGGUGCUGCAAUGUCGCGUUCACAGCAAGGUUCAUCCCACGAUCAAGUGGUUCCGCCGGCUGAACGUCGACAACCCCCUCGAAGAUCACAACUUCAACGAGAACAAGUCGAUCCGAUACCUGGAGAACUCAUACGAGCUGGUCCCAUCGUCCGGCGAGCGACUCCUCUCCACCGACAUCUACCUCAGCAAGCUGAUCCUGUACAACGUGUCCGGACGAGACGUCGGUAUCUACGUGUGCGUCGGCAUCAACUACGGUGGGGUCAAUACAGCGGAUGCGUACGUUAGCGUGGUCCACGCCAACGGAUCGCCGGUGAGCACCGGAACGACCAGCGUGGUAGAUCUGCUGGUGCUGUUUUUGAUUCCCCUGGGGCUCGCCCUGAUCCCGCUGGCCGUAUGGGUAUGCUUUCUGGUGACAAGACGACGUAAUGCUCGUGACAAAGAGGUUGUGAGUUUGCCUGCGUAUCCUAGGUCAACCGAGAGCAUGGCUCUAGAGCGUAGGACACCCGUGAGAAGCAUCUCUAACAGUACCAAAGGAAGGCACGCCCGGAACCUUAGCUACGAAGGUUCACACGUGUACGAGAAAAUCAAUAUGAUUUAGAAUCCGCAUCAAUCGGAUGCAAAGCUGUACCAAAGUGAUAUUUUAAUAAAAUAAAUUAAAUUUUA